AUGCCGGGCCCACGCGGCCGCACUGCACGUGCGCCCGAAGCUGCUGGCCGCGUCCUCUGCUCUUGUGUCACCGCCCUGGCGCGGGGGCUCCCAGCUGCGCCUGGGGGGCGCUCCGGGCUGUGCUGGCAUCCUGGGCAUGAAGACAGGCAGGUGGGCACCGGCUGGAACCAACGCUGUGCCUCCCUGCAGCCCUCUCUCCUCCAAGGUGCUGCACCUGGCCGCAGCGAAGCCAGUGACUCGGGCCUCUCUGGCAGUGAGGAGAGCGUGUUCUCUGGCCUGGAAGACUCGGACAGUGACAGCAGUGAGGGCGGGGCCACCAGUGGUACGGGGAAGACGGCGGAGGACCCACAGGCUGGCGGCGGCCACUCGCUGAGGAUGGAGGCGGCGGGGAGCACACCUGGCCAGGACGAAUAUGCAGAGGACAGCUCUGAUGAGGAGGUGGGCUCUUGAGGCUGGACCUUUUGCCAGGGGCUGGUGUGUGGGCUGAGGUUGGCCCCAGGUUGGGGGGCGGAGAGCCCAGAGCAGCCUGCGAGGGUGUGCUGGCACGAGGCCAUCCCAGGUGCAGGAGCCAUUAGGGUCUGGGAUGUGUGAGUGAGGUGAUAUGCGCGGGUGCCCGGGUAGGUGGGGCGCAGAGCCCUCUGCUUGUGUGUCACAGGCAGUCUGUCUCCUAGUAUCCCUCCAGCCUCUGCUGGGAGCCUGGGGAGGGGCUGACUGACUGAUACCCCCGUGUGUGUCCUCAGGCCCUGGCGCUUCCACACUGCCCCCCUUUGGGGUGGGCUAGGGUCUGUAUGUGAGCUGAGGGUCAGGACAGGCCCCCAGGGGGUCUGGGGCACUGGUCCUCAUGCUGUGUCUUGAGUUUGGGACAAGACACGGUGGUACCAGGCUACUGGUCUCGGGCUGUGAG